AUGUCUUCCUCGCCCAGGUCGCAGGAGACGGCCGAUCCUGCCACGGCCUCCCACUCUGUCCCGCAGCAGCCCGAAACUCAAGAUGCCUUCGACGACAAUGCAUCGGUCUCCGCUGAGGAUGAUGAUGACCCCUUCUCGGAUUAUGCAGAAGAUUUUGCGAGUGAUACAACCUCUAUUAAUUCGAUGAUUACAUCUUAUCGCUUUGAAAAUGGGCGACGGUACCACGCCUACAAGGACGGUGCUUACUGGGGUCCGAAUGAUGAAAAGCAGAAUGAACAACUUGAUAUUGCCCAUCAUAUGUUCACCAUGCUUCUCGACAAUAAGUUAUUGCUCGCACCGAUAGACAGAAACAUCCAGAGAGCGCUCGAUGUGGGUACCGGCACCGGGAUUUGGGCAAUAGACUUCGCCGACGAGUAUCCAUCCGCCCAGGUUAUCGGCACCGAUUUGUCCCCUAUCCAGCCCGGCUUCGUCCCGCCUAAUCUACGAUUCGAGAUUGACGACGCGUCCGAGCCGUGGAUUUACCCGGAGAAUCACUUUGAUCUGAUUCACGUACGGUCUUUGUACGGGGCGAUCUCGGACUGGCCCGAGUUCUAUCGCAAUGCUUUGAAACAUUUACAACCUGGCGGGUGGUUUGACCAGCUGGAAAUGUCCAUUCAGUUUACCUCCGACGAUGGCACCGUGACCGACGAUCACGUCCUGGCGGUCUGGUCCAAGAUUUUCAUCGAUGCUGGAGAACAGUUUGGGAAAACUUUUCGUAUUGCCGAUCUAGCCCGGGGCUACAUGCAAGACGUUGGCUUUCAGAACAUAACGGAACGGCGAUUCAAGCUGCCGAUCGGGCCUUGGAGUCCGGAUAAAAAGCUCAGGAAAUUGGGCCGAUGGAAUCAAAUCCAUUGCGAGCAGGGGAUUGAAGGAUGGGCCAUGGCAUUGCUAACACGCGUGAUGGGCUGGUCCUACACGGAGGUGCAGGUCUUUUUGGCGCAAAUGCGCAAAGGCCUCCGAGACCCCGACACUCAUUCUUAUUUUCAAGUAGCGUUCUAUUUCUACUCCUUCUGGUAUAAUGUGCGCGGAGGACGCAUGUACUUGCAGAUCGCAAAGCUUCACGAGAAAUACGGCCCAGUCGUCCGUAUCAAUCCGAACGAGAUCCACCUGAGCGACCCUGAACAAUGCCAGAAGGUAUACUCCAUCGGAUCACUAUACGGGAAGGAUCCCAUCUUCUACAACGCCUUUGCUACCCCCAAAGCCACCUUCACGACGGCAAGUCCGGACCUUCACCGCAUUAAGCGAUCUGCACUGAACCCUUUCUUCUCGCGAAAGAGGGUACUCGAUUUGGAGGAUAUAGUGCGGCAAAAGGCGAACAAGUUGGUAUGGCGCAUGCGACAGGCAUUUGAAUCCACGGGCCACAUCGACCUGCAUCAUGGGUUCAGGGCGAUAUCGAUCGACGUAAUCACCGAUUAUGCCUUCGACCAAUGCUACAACUUCCUGGACGAUGAUGGCUUUGGCGUCGAAUUUUUCAAUAUGAUGCGAGGAUUCGGACCCACAUUCUGGUGCUUCCAGCAAUUCCCAGCGCUGCAGGCGAUUGCGGUCCGCACGCCGUUCUGGCUUGCCAAAUUAACGAGUGCGGCAUUGACGAGAAAAAUGAUGCAUCAUCAGGCAUCUCAUCGUCAUGUCCAAGGGGUUAAAGACGCCGUGGACCGAGGCGAGAAGGUGUCACGCAUAACCAUCAUCCACCAGCUUCUCUCGCCCGAUGCCGCGGAGGGACAUGUGGUACCGACGGUGGACGACCUCACAGACGAACUUUUCAAUAUCCUCGCCGCAGCGGCAGAUACGACCGGCAAUGCCAUGACAAUUGCAACGUACAACGUGGUGCGAAACCCGACCAUUUACGACCGGUUGACGAGCGAGUUGAAAGAGGCUUUCCCCGACCCGGAGGGCGAUAUGAAUUAUGUGGUUCUAGAGAAGCUCCCUUACCUGACAGCUGUUAUCAAGGAAGCUCUGAGGCUGUCCUUCGGAGUCGUCGGUCGGCUUCCACGAGUUGUUCCCGAACCUGGCGAAGAGUUCAACAACUAUCAAGUGCCAGCAGGGACCGUUGUUAGUAUGAGCUCGUGGAUCAUGCACCACGAUCAGAAAUUGUUCCCAGACCCCGAGAAAUUCGAUCCGGAUCGCUGGCUGGACCCGGACCAUAGUCGAUAUUUGGACAAAUACCUGCUUGCCUUUGGAAAGGGUUCAAGGCAAUGCGUUGGCAUGCAACUUGCCUAUUGCGAAGUAUAUACAACUAUAGGACGUGUUUUUCGGCAGUUUGUUGAUCUCACAACGGCACAUAAGAGUCGUGAUGAGCUACUAUGUAAUGACUAUUUCUCUUCCUAUCAUCCAGAGGAGAACAACAAAUUUGUGUUCGAAAGAGCUUCCAAGGGUGUGGAGCUCCUGGUCGCCAUCCUUAGGAACAUGACUGGCCGUCUGGACUACGCUGCUAUCGCCAAGGACAUGGGUGGUGAUUGCACAGUCAGCGCCAUCCAUCACCGCAUCCAGAGAAUCAAAGAGAGAGCCAACGCUAGCGAAAAUGGCUCCGGCUCUCCCUCCGGUGGUGCUACUGCCGCGACCGCCGCCACUUCUACGUCUGCUGCCGAGCAGGCCCAAGCGUCCCCUUCUACCGAGAAGAGAAAAAGAGGCAGACCCGUCGGAAGCGGCAGAAAGAGGGCUAACAAUUUGUCUGCCAAGAAGGUGAAUGCCGGGGUUGAGGUGGCAACUGAAGGCGAGGGUAUGGGUGAGGACGAUGGCGAGGGACCUGCUGAGACUUGA